AUGUCCGACACCGAAGAGGCAAACACCUGCAACAUCUGCACCACAACCUCCGACGACCGGCCUCUAAAACGCUGCGCGAAAUGCAGAACCCAAUGGUACUGCUCGCGAGAAUGCCAAAAAGCCGACUGGAAGAGCCACAAGCGAAUCUGCAGUAAGAUCGCCGCCCUCAGUACCCCAGAUCCCGACGACGACAAAAAGAGCAAGAAGGUCUAUCUGCCGCCCACGAAUCUCGACGUCCAGAUCGCCAUGCCCUUCCACGAACUCGACAAAAGAACGUGGCUCUACAACCGCCCCAAAGAAGACGUCUACAAGCUGCUCAUCGACGUGUACCGGCUUCGCAUGGACGACAACCUCGUAUACAUGGACAAAAGAACGCCCUACUCUCUCUACGCCGGGGCUGAGAAUGCUCGGGAGGGAUUCGUCAAGUUCCUGCGAAGGAUUGAUAAAAAGCGAUCAACACGAGCCCUGUUGCCGAUGUGGUGGUCGGCGGAGAAUUCGAAGGCGUGUUUGAAAUACGGGAUGAAAGAUGGGUGGAGUUCGUUUGCGAAGAAAGUUGAUACGGAACUCAUCAUUGAACAUUAUCGCAUGCCGACGCUGCCGACGCAGAUGAGGCUGUUUGCCGAAUUGAUUUACGGGUGUGCACCAUCUGGCGGCACUGCGUUGCACAUGAUCCAGUUGAUGAUGAAAAGGGAGACGUGAGUUGGUUGUGGCGCGUUGAGUUAGGGCUUGUCU